AUGGCACCGACAAUACCUAAAAAGAUAAUCUCGAAAGUGUCAGAGACAAGUAAAGAGCAUUUAUCUUUAGCGAAGAGUUACAUGUCGCGACAAGAUUUAGGUGCUGGUGAUAUGGAUUGGAUGCGAGGAAAGGUUUUGUUGAGACCAGAUGAUCAACUGCAGUUAACAGAAACAGAAUUACAAGAGGAAUUUGCUAAAGUGCUAACUAUACAUAAUACCAGGGUACCAGAUUCCUUAGUUGAAUGGUCAUGGAAAUUACGUCAAUUUGUAAGAUUACCUCCUCCGCCACAUUUAGUAACUCUUCUGAAUGUAACUGGCACUGUACUACACAAAGACUCUGAAGAAGCCAAAGUGCAAUUGGCAGGAGGAACUCUUGUUGAGAAUCAGGAGGAGACAACAGAUGAAAAAUUGAAGCGCGAUGAAGCGGAAGAAGAAACAGAAUAUGAAGAAGAUGAAGAAGUAGAAGAAAUAGAUAAAACGGUGGAAGCGCUAGCUGAGGCCGAACGUGAACAUGAAUUAGAAGCUGAGCCGGAACCUGAGGAAGAUGAAAUAGAAAAGAUAAAGCCCAAGAAAAUACCUAAUCAAUUCAACUUUUGUGAGAGAGCAGCGUUGACAUAUGAUAAUCCUAUGAGGGAUAUGAGUACACAAACUAUACCUCCGCCCACUGCAACUUUCAAUGCCAAUGUUUUCCAGUGGACUAUCUUUGAUGAAUAUCAGGAAGAUUAUGCUCAACAACAACGUGAAAAGGAAAAAGAGAAAAAAGCUCCUUUGACACAACCAAAGAAAGAAGACGUGAAGAAAAAAGCCCAACUGGAAUCUUCAGCAAUGACAAACAGAAUGUUACAAGCUGCAAAAACGUUAGAGCGAAUGGUGAACCAAAACAUUUUUGACGAUAUAUCACAAGAUUAUAGAUAUUGGGAUGAUCCUAGCGAUGAAUUCAAGGAAGGCGAAGGCUCCUUAUUACCUCUAUGGAAAUUUUCUUACGAAAAAACUAAGAAACAUGAUGUUACAGAUAUGUGCUUUAAUAGUAGAUAUUACGAUCUCUUUGCAGUCGCUUUUGGAUCACUAUCAUUUAAUAGUCCAAUAACAAAUGGCACAGUCUGCUUAUUUAGCUUGAAGAAUCCAUCAUAUCCAGAAUGGAUUUGUCCGACAGAAUCUCCUGUGAUGUGCCUAGACUUUAAUGCUCAACAUCCUCAUCUUUUAGUUAUUGGUACCAUGGACGGAGCAGUGGCAAUUUAUAAUGUAAUGUUACCACCAUCCACACCGCAAUACAAAAGCAACGACGUCGUACAGAAGCAUGGAGGGUUAGUAUGGGAGAUUCGUUGGGCCCCUGAUACAGAGGAAGGAAACCUGGCGUUCUUUAGCGUUAGUAUCGACGGUAAAAUAAAUCACUGGGUAUUAAAUCAAAACGAUCUCGGUCUCACCACUAUUAUGACGCUAUUCCUGGACCAACCACCUAUACCGGGACCAGAUGGCACGAUGAUUACACUGAAAGGAUGCGGAACGUGCAUCGCAUUUCAUCCUGCCGAUCAGAAUGUUUUCCUGGUGGGUACGGAGGAGGGUGCCAUGUACAAAUGCAAUACAGCGUAUAGUAGCAUUUACAUGAGGACGUAUCACGAAGCACACACUAUGCCGGUGUAUCGAAUAGUAUUCAACAAGUACAAUUCCAGCAUUUUUGCCAGCUGUUCAGGCGAUUGGCGAAUAAAAAUCUGGGAAGAUGAGAGACCAGAACCUUUAUUCAUGUUCGAUCUGGGUGUUCCAAUUGGAGACGUUCAAUGGGCACCGUAUAGCUCUACGGUAUUAGCUUGCGUAUCAAACGAUGGCAAAGUUACAGUGUUUGAUUUGAAUGUUAACAAAUACAGACCAAUCUGCAAUCAGCAAGUCGUCAAUAAACGAAAAAACAAAUUGACCCGAUUAGCUUUUAAUAAUGUUUUGCCGUUUAUAAUAGUUGGCGAUAAUAAAGGUACCGUGAAUACACUGAAACUAUCUCCAAAUUUACGGAUAAAGGUGAAACCAACAAAGAAGCAACUGCAUUUGUCACAUACGGAAUUAGAAUCUAUGAAAUUAGAAAAAUUACUCAGCUUUGUGCGAGAGCCGCCAGUACUAACUCCACCUAAAGACGUAAGAACAAUUACUUAAAAUUGAACGAGUAAGAACACGGAUUUCGACCUUUUAUGAACAACAGUGCUUUAUUCAUAAUUGCUAUAACA